CAUAUAAAAUCAGUCGAAUUAUUUCACUAUAUCAAAAUGAAGCUACUCAUUAUUUGCUCCCUCUUAUUAUCAGCAAUUGUGCUUUCAAACGCCGUUUGCAAUAGAAACGUAAUAAAGUAUCAUGGUGAAGAUGUUGUUGUUUGGUUUUGCAUUAGAUCAAAGGAUGUUGCUGCCGAUAUGGCAAGAGCGCCAAAGGACGUUAAGGUAGUUGUUGUUGCAUAUUCAGAUGUUGGAGUUUUAAAGAAUGACGUUAUGACACCAGUGGCGGACAAUGUUCGUGUUUUGUCAAUUGUUCAUUCAAAUAUGAUGGACAUGGAGGACGACGCAUUGAAGGGUAUGGUUAAUUUAAAGAGACUCGUUGUUUCACAUAAUAAAUUGAAGAAAGUGAAAGCAGCAUGGUUUAAGGAUGCGGUUAAUGUUCGAAUGGUCGACUUCUCCGAUAAUGAAGUUGAAGUUGUUGAAGACGACGUUGCCGAGCUUUGGAAGAAUGUUGAAAUGAUGCAUAUGUCUGGUAAUGAUGUUAAAUGUGUUUCCGUCGAUUUUAUGAAUCAUAUGACGAAAUUGAAACACGUUGAUAUGGAAAUGAAUCCUUGGCAUAUGAGAUGCUUUAAGGAUUUAAUGGUUUGGAUGAAGGAGAAGGAACUUAUUAGUGAGAAAUUUGGAAAAUUAGUCAAUAGCAAAAUGAUGGUACAAGUUGAUGUUUGUGUUAAGGAAAUGAAAAAGGACGAUAAAGUUGAUGAUGUUGUGGUAGACAAAUGUGUUAUGGAUUUUCUCGAUAAAAUGAUGGUCGACAAGGAAGUAGACGUAGUUGUUUAAAUUUUUUUUACUUUACUUGUUACCUAUCAUCUUCAAAAUGUUCCAAAAUUUCUGUAUAUUCUGUAACAAAUUAUUUAUACCAGCAAAUACAUAUUUUUUUAAACAUA